UGUGUUCAGGCUCCUCAUAUGUUAAGCGUCAGUACCAUUUUGUUUAUGACUGGAAGAACUGGACUGAUGCUCUGAGUUACUGCAGAGAGAGAUACACAGACCUGGCCACCAUAGAAAACAUGGAGGAUGUGAGGAUCCUGCAGAGCAUGGCAGACUCAAGUAAAAUGAACUACGCAAAAUACCCAAAUCGAGCUUGGAUUGGACUGUACGAUGAUAUGAACAGCUGGAGAUGGUCAAUGUCAAACACAGAUUUAUACAAAAACAGUGUGGCUUUCAGAAAUUGGGAGCCUGGACAACCAGACAAUUGGAUGAGCAAAGAACACUGUACUGGGUUAAGGUGGACUGGCUCAUGGACUGAUGAAAACUGUAACAAUACAUUUAAAGCACUCUGCUCUGACAUCAGAGGACUGAAUGUGACAUUUGUCUUCAUCAACAAAUUGAUGACAUGGAUGGAGGCCCAGAGCUACUGCAGAGCUAAUUAUACAGACCUGGCCAGCGUGAGAAACAUGUCAGAGAACCAGAAGGCAAAGGAGUUGGUACCUGCAGGGCAAUCCGCCUGGAUUGGCCUUUUCAGAGACUCCUGGAAGUGGACGGAUGGAAUUAACUCCUCGUUUAGAUACUGGAAUACAUAUGAACCCAGUAAUGUUGUCAAAAAUGAAUUUUGUGUCGCAGCAAACUUUGGAUCUACUGGAAAAUGGGAGGACUGGAACUGUGACCGGGAGACAGCAUUUGUUUGCUACAGUGAGCCGGCUUACAAGCAAGUGGUGAGACUGAGAAUGGGGAAAAACAACAAUCAGGAUCUGAAUGACCCCACAGUGAUGGAAGCCAUGCUGGAACAGUUCAAACAGAAGCUGAAGAACAAGGACGUAAAAGGAGACAUCAGACUGAGCUGGAGGAAGCAGUCGGACGGGGAGGUCUUCCUCAGGGAUGAAAAGCAAACCAAGAAGAACACGACCUGUAAAAAUGACUUUUAAAUGUUGAUCAGGGCUUGUGUGUGGUUUGGUGUUGGGUUUUUUCAUAGAGCACAUUAUAGUAAUAAACGUGUUGGUGUUCUGGUUUUACUGUUAUUCUGCAUUUAGGAGUUUGAUUUGUUUGUGUGUUUCUGGAUUCAUCUUUAUUCUGGUAGAUUGUAGUAGUAAAGUUUAUUUAUUAGGACUUCACUGAGACUUAAGUUUUGUUUUCAUGUUAUGGUUAUUGAUGCGUUUAAGUUCCUGUGUUCUGGUUUAUGUCUGUAAGUAGGAGUUCAAGGUUUCUUUCAUGUAUCUGUGACUGUUCCUCUCGUGUCUGUGUAAAUAUCUCAGCACUUCGCUGUUCUCUACUCGGGCAUCUUAUCGAGGCCACGUCCACACUAAUACAUUUUCGUUUAAAAGCGCAUCUUUUCCCCUCUGUUUUGGCCUUCUGUCCACACUGAGACGGCGUUUUCAGUGUGGAUGAACAACUGUUCAGAAACGAUUGAAAACGAUAGAGUGGACGCCGAGCGUUUUCAGACGCCCAUUUUCAAAUGUAUCCAGAUUAGUGUAGACGUAGCCUAAGUGUCAGUAUUCAGUCUGUGUUACUUCUGUGGUUUAUUUCCUGUUUAAAAUUGAAAGUUGAUUUUUUUUUUUCAUGUUUCAUGUUAGUUUUACUUCCCGCUGUUUGGUUAGUCUGACUGUAUUCAAAGUCAGCUUUACUGUCAAAAUCAUGCGAACUGCAAAGCUUCCACGGCCCUCCGUGUAAACUAAAACAAUAUUGAGAUAAAAAUAA